CCAAUUCUGUAUUCAUUGAUGAUCAAUAUGGAGGGCAGGACGGCACGUCUGGUGCUAAUGUUCGUUGCUUGUGCCAUAUGGGGUCAAACAGAGGGUAUUGCAUUUCCCAGCAACAACUCUUUGUACGGCCACGAAGCCGAUCAGGGCGAGUUUCCCUGGCAGGUGGCCCUUUUCAACUAUGGACCGGAUCAGGAUACUUUCUUAUGCGGUGGUGCUAUCAUAUCCCCAAGCUGGAUUCUGACUACAGCACAUUGUUGCAACAGAUCAGAAACUUUGCGUGUCUAUUCAGGCGCAAUCAGCAAGAGCAGGCCAGCAAAUGUGCAUGAGGUCGAACGUGUGACGUUUCAUCCUGAUUAUAGCCCAUCUUCAAGUGGACUUUUGAAUAACAUUGCCCUGAUUAAGCUCAAGUACGACAUUGAACCCCACUUGCUUGCAAGUCCGAUCAUUUUGUCUGAAACUCCGAUUUCAAAUUCUACACCCGGUGAACUUGCUGGAUGGGGCUACGACCGUUAUGAAGGAAACGAGUUUCCAGACAGACUGAGGGUGUCUUCCAUGAACGUCAUUGACACGGAAGGGUGUCGAUCAUUGAUUACAUCGCUCCCAGAAGAUAAUUUUUGCGCCACGAAUCCGGGAACUGGAACCUGUUUUGGAGACGAAGGCAGCACUUUUGUAAUACAGGGCGUGCUCUCUGGACUAGUUGGCUUUUACAGCGAUUACUGCACGUUGAACAACUUCCCUUCAUCCUUUGUCGAUGUUUACUAUCAUCGCAACUGGAUUCGAUUCGUGACCGGCAUUAAAAAAUACUAAAUCAUUGUUCUUUGUAUGAUUGACAAAAAUUAUAAUUGCUUGCUGAAUAAA